AUGUCGAUGGACAGCUCUUCUAAGUAUAGUGAUUAUCACCCUAUUACCGUGGACCUCCACCCGUUACCCUGGACCACCACCCUUUACCCUGGACCUCCACCCUUUACCCUGGACCUCCACCCUUUUCCUCGGACCUCCACCCUUUACCCUGGACUACCACCCUUUACCCUGGACUACCACCCUUUACCCUGGACCACCACCCUUUACCCUGGACCUCCACCCUUUACCCUGGACUACCACCCUUUACCCUGGACUACCACCCUUUACCCUGGACCACCACCCUUUACCCUGGACUACCACCCUUUACCCUGGACCUCCACCCUUUACCCUGGAGUACUACCCUUUACCCUGGACCACCACCCUUUUCCCUGGACCACCACCCUUUACCCUGGACCACCACCCUUUACCCUGGACCUCCACCCUUUACCCUGGAGUACUACCCUUUUCCCUGGACCACCACCCUUUACCCUGGACUACCACCCUUUACCCUGGACCUCCACCCUUUACCCUGGACUACCACCCUUUACCCUGGACCUCCACCCUUUACCUCGGACCUCCACCCUUUACCCUGGACUACCACCCUUUACCCUGGACUACCACCCUUUACCCUGGACCACCACCCUUUACCCUGGACCUCCACCCUUUACCCUGGACUACCACCCUUUACCCUGGACUACCACCCUUUACCCUGGACCACCACCCUUUACCCUGGACUACCACCCUUUACCCUGGACCUCCACCCUUUACCCUGGAGUACUACCCUUUACCCUGGACCACCACCCUUUUCCCUGGACCACCACCCUUUACCCUGGACCACCACCCUUUACCCUGGACCUCCACCCUUUACCCUGGAGUACUACCCUUUUCCCUGGACCACCACCCUUUACCCUGGACUACCACCCUUUACCCUGGACCUCCACCCUUUACCCUGGCCCACCACCCUUUACCCUGGACCUCCACCCUUUACCCAGGACCUCCACCCUCUACCCUGACUGUGUCAGCUACACUCCUCCGUGUCUGUUACCCCUCAUUCACCUCUCCUCCUCCAACUAUUCCUCCACUCCUCCUCUCAUCGUCCAGCCCUGA